AUGGCCCCGCAAACACCAAUCUCCGUACCCCUCUUCGCGGAAACACAACAACAGCUCCUUCUAAAAGAGCAUGAAGCCGAAGUCUCUUCAUCCAAACUCGCCAGCACAGCCUCUGCGUCUCCGUCGACGCGGCGCACCCUCCAAGCAACCGGGUAUGCGUUAACGGGGGUGGUCCUCUCACAGUACCGGACUGGUCUUGGAGGCCGGCUGGUAGGUGAAUUUGCGGCGGACGCGGCUGUUUCGUCCGGAAUCGGAAAGGGGAAAGAUGGUGGUGAGGAUGAUAGGCUCGGUGCGAACGGGAAGCCGAAGCUUGGUGCGCAUGGUAUACGUGUCGGGGAUAUUGUUCGUGUGAAUGAGGUUGGGGGUGCGGGGAAGAAGGUAGGAGGGGGGAAAGAGAAAGGGAAGGAUGCGGCCGGCGGGAAGGGGGGUAGCCCAAAAGGACCGGAGGGAGUGGUGACAAGGGCUGGAGAAAGCAGUGUGUGGGUUGCUUUUGGGCAGCGAGGAGGUGGUGGUCGGUCAAAGGAGGAGGAUGAAGAGGUGCUUGAGGAAUUGUGGGGGAAGAAACUUUGGUUUAUCAAACUUGCGAACGAUGUCACUUACCGACGGAUGAACCAAACCAUGGAGAAGAUGGGAAAGAUGACGGAAGCUGACUAUACGCAUUUUCUCCGAGUCGCCUUUGGGCAUACGACUCCGCUGCAGCCAGACUACGAAGCUUCGGGGGAGGUUGAGUUUGUGGACCCAACACUGAAUGACUCCCAGAAAGAAGCAAUUCGAUUUGCCCUGGCCUCAAGAGAUAUUGCCCUCAUACACGGUCCACCUGGUACAGGGAAGACGCACACUCUGAUUGAGCUAAUUACCCAAAUGGUCAAGAGGAACCUUCGAGUACUUGUGUGUGGGCCAUCAAACAUAUCGGUUGACAACAUUGUAGAAAGGCUAGCUCCGAACAAGAUCCCGGUUGUGCGCAUUGGCCACCCGGCCCGAUUGCUACCUUCGGUCCUUGAGCACUCUCUGGAAGUCCUGACUCAAACAUCUGAGGCUGCCGCUAUCGUGAGAGACGUGCGAAAAGAGAUUGAUGAAAAGCAAGCCAGCAUUCGGAAGACCAGGUUUGGCAGAGAAAAGCGUGCAAUAUAUCAAGACUUGAAGGAGCUACGUCGGGAGUUCCGGGACCGGGAAUCAAAGUGUGUGGACAACCUUGUUCGAGAGAGCAGCGUUGUACUCGCAACACUGCACGGGGCUGGAGGCUAUCAGUUAAAAAACAAGAAGUUUGACGUGGUUAUUAUCGAUGAGGCUAGUCAGGCAUUGGAAGCUCAGUGCUGGAUCUCACUGGUGUCUGCGCCAAAGGUUGUCCUUGCCGGAGACCAUUUGCAACUCCCACCGACUGUGAAAUCUACCAUACAGAGGUCGAAGGAAGAAGGUCGGAAUGGCGAAAAGGGCACAGCUGACUUCUCGCUUGAGACAACCCUCUUUGACCGGCUGCUGUCGAUGCAUGGAUCGGGUAUUAAAAGAAUGUUGACCACGCAGUACCGAAUGCAUGAGAAUAUCAUGCGGUUCCCGUCAGAUGAACUAUACGAGGCUAAACUUAUCGCUGACGAGAGCGUCAAGUCUCGACUCCUGACGGACUUGCCCUAUGAGGUCCAGGAAACAGAUGACACCAAAGAGCCAGUGGUAUUCUGGGACACACAAGGGGGAGAUUUUCCGGAAAAGGUUGAGGAUGAGGACGCAGCAAAAAAAGAAGCACUACUUGGCGAGAGCAAAAGCAAUGAUAUGGAGGCGUAUGUGGUUGCCAGGCAUGUCGAUAACCUAGUGCAGGCUGGUGUGCGGCCUGAAGACAUCGCUGUCAUCACUCCAUACAACGGGCAGCUAGCUGCUUUGUCCCAGAUGCUACGAGAGAAGUAUCCGGGCCUGGAAUUGGGCAGUGUGGAUGGUUUCCAGGGCCGUGAAAAAGAGGCCGUCGUAGUGAGCCUUGUGCGUAGUAAUAGUGAGAACGAGGUCGGAUUUCUUGGGGAGAAGCGACGACUGAAUGUGGCCAUGACCCGACCCAAACGGCAUCUUUGUGUCUGUGGAGAUUCGGAGACGAUAAGCAAAGGAAGUGGGUUUUUGAAACGAUGGAUGGCACAUCUCGAAGAGCAUUCCGAUUUGCGCUACCCUGACGCUGGAGAGUUGCUUUGA